AUGUAUGCUACUCAGAUGAAAUUGUUUUUAAAACCUUCUACAACGGGGCUCUCUAGCGUAAUGCGUAGAGGUCUAUCUACCGUUAAAACCUCAAGCGAAAAAGCUCAGGAAAUUCUUAUUGCACAACGUAAAAACAGACCUGUGUCCCCUCAUUUGACUAUUUACCAGCCGCAAUUGACAUGGUAUUUAUCUUCCGUCCAUCGUAUUUCUGGAGUGAUUUUAGCGGGCGGCUUUUACGCUGCAACGAUCGCCUUUGGGGCCUCUGCACUAUUAGACUUGGGGCUAACAGCCGAAAACUUCACUCACUGGUAUAAUAACCAUAUGCCUGUUUGGGCUGAUUACACUAUUAAGGGUUCUGCCGCCUAUUUAUUUGCUUUCCACCUUGGUAACGGUGUAAGACACUUGAUUUGGGAUACAGGUAGAGAAUUGACCUUAAAAGGCGUGUACCGUACAGGGUAUGCAGUACUAGCCUUCACCGCAGCAGCGGGCACGUUAUUUAUGUUUUGGUAA